GUAUCGUAUUUAACGCGCGAACUGCUUUCGAACGCCUCAGAGUUGCUCCCGUAACGAUCGAUUAACGAUCUACCAGCGCGUUGUCCGGUCGACCGAAGUAUUAAAGAAUUGUAUUGUGAUUCGAAUCACAGUUGAACCGUAAAGCGGCGUGUACAUGUGCGUGGAGGUCGGUUACUGUCAACGGAUGCAGCAUUUGUUUGGGGGCGAUUUCUUGCCGACUCCCGCCCGAUCAUUAUCACAGCCGUGGUGUUAAUGUGGUCAGCGUUGCCGCCCGCUUCGUCAGUACUCCGCGAAUCUGUUACGAACAGCAGUGCAAGGUGCUUCAGGGCGCACACCGGUCGACCGCAUCCAUUUUGACACUUAAGUUUCUUCGACAGCGAAAACUCUACAGCUCAACUCAGAUCCCUUUUACUGUUCUAUUCACUUGGAUACCCCAAUUUCUUGUGCAAAAGACAGUGAAUUAACAACACUUCUCGCCUACAUAGGAUGGUAGAAGGUGACACGGAUCAGAACCUAUCAAAGUAUAUCGAUGUAAAGGACGACAGAGUAGCGAACGGAGACAGCAAGGAUCAUCCGUCGGCGGGAGUCGUAGCGAGCUCCCUGCAGGAGAAAUCUCUGGCCCCCGUGCAGCAACAGGUGAAUGGUGCCACAGAUCGGACCGUCGCCGUCAGCAAGCAGCUCGAAGCCAAGGGCGGUGCCGGUGCCGACCCCGAACGGGCCUACUCGAGCAAGGCGGACUUCGAGCAGGCGAUAGAGCUCACUGGUUAUGGCAGAUUCCACUACAUCCUGUUAGCAAUAUGCGGUUUGGUGAGCACCAGCGAGGAGAUGGACGUCAUCUCGAUGUCGUUCAUUCUGCCCUCAGCACAAUGCGAUCUCGAUCUCAACACCCAAAGCAAGGGCUGGCUGAACUCGAUCAUAUUCAUCGGUAUGAUGCUUGGCGCGUAUGUCUGGGGAAGCGUUGCCGAUUCGCUGGGUAGAAAGAAGGUCCUGAUCGUCAUUUCGAUCAUGAACGCCCUGUGUAUCGUGGCAUCAUCCUUCUCCCAAACCUACGAGGUGUUUAUGGUUUUCCGCUUCCUGAAUGGUGUCGCCUUAGGAGGUAGUGGCCCUGUCAUUUGGCCGUACUUUGCCGAGUUCCAGCCCAAGGCGAAGCGCGGCUCGAUGCUCAGCUUCAUGGCUGCGUUCUGGACCAUUGGCAACUUGCUCGUGGCGGGCCUUGCCUGGUUGAUCAUUCCCACCGGAAUCGGCAUUCACACUCCAGCCUUCACGUACAACUCGUGGCGUAUCUUUCUGCUCGUCUGUUCCAUUCCGUCGUUCAUCGUGGCCGCACUGCUGCUGUAUCUGCCCGAGUCACCAAAGUUUCUGCUGUCGCAAGGCAAAUUCGAGGAAGCGCUCGCCAUCUUCCGCGGCAUUUACGUGACAAAUACGGGCAAAUCGAAGGACCUCUACCCGGUGAAGGAGCUCCUGAUCGAUGACAGUCUGCGCGAAGAGCUGGAAGCGGCGACCAAGCCGAUCAAGAACAAGUACAAGCGUAUGUUGUACGACAUUCUGGACAACAGCAAGCAGGUGUUUAUGUCGCCGAUCCUCAAGUUCACCUCCAUCUCGAUUACGAUCAACUUGACCUUCCACAUCGGUUACUACGGGCUCAUGAUGUGGUUUCCGGAGCUGUUCAAUCGCUUCGACGAGUUCACGCGCGCACACCCGGGGGUCGAGGAUGCGACGGUCUGCCAGGUGACGGAUUACGUCGUUGGCAUGGGCUCGCACUCUCAGUCGGGGGUCUGUUCAUCCACCAUACCGAGCACCGUGUUUUUGGAGUCCUUGAUCACGGUGGCGGCUGCUCUGCCGACGAAUGUGAUUGCCGUGCUGGGCAUGGACCGCUUGGGGCGGAAGUUUUUCCUCGUCUUCAGCACCAUGGCGGCCGGGGCGUGCUCCGCGUCGAUGUACUUUGUGACGAACAAACACCAGAACCUUGCGUUGUCUGCCAUUUUCAGUGGCGUCAUUUCGAUGGGAAACGCGUCGCUCGACUGUUUGAUAACGGAAGUGUUUCCAACGAAUUUACGUGCCACUGGAGUAGCCAUAUCGAUGGUGGCCGCGCGGUUAGGUGGUAUUAUCGGUAACGUAGUGAUCGCGACGCUGCUCGAUAUGUACUGCCCAGCACCAACCUUCAUCGUGGCAGUUUUGCUGGCGGGCGGUGGUCUGAUGUGUUUGUUCCUGCCGAACACGACACGAACAGCACUUUCCUAGGGACAUUCCACGAAGCCCUAGCUUGUUGGGUUUGAUUUAUCGAUAGAACCACUUUAUCUUUCGUUACCAAAACCAAGCUGGAAGUAGACGAGAUUGUACGUAGCAAGUUAGCGUUACUUGAGAUCGCUCGCCAAUGGGUGCUCCAACCACUACCACCUGCUUCCUCAAAGAAUGAUCAGCCAAACGAUACGAUUCCACACCGUUUUUCACUCCUACAGUUUUCAUUGUUUUUAUAUAUUAAAUUCCUUUCCCCUAACAGAAGUAAAAUUAAGCGUACCGGCAGUGCCGACAAGCUGAUGAAAGAAUUUAACGUCGUGGACGAGUGAAAAUGUUUAACUUAAUUUUAAACAACUAGUAAGCUUAUUGGGCGAAGAAGUAUCAACCAAGAACAUUAGAAAAUAAAUGUUG